AUGUCAGCAACGCCUCGCAAGCCUGGAACUCCCGGCAAUUCCAGCAAAUCAUCACCCGCAGAUCCGCACUCAACCAACGGGUCCACCACACGAGGGCAUGCACGCUCGCCCAGUGCCGCAACCAACGGACUCAACCGUUCCCCAUCUUUAAGAGGAUCUACUCCCGUCUCUGCGCGCGCGGCUGCAAGAAAACCUGGCCGCUCCAACCUCAGCAUGUCGAACGUUCCACGAGUCUCCAAUGACCCCUCUGAAGAAGAGGCGCGGGCCCAGAAUGCCGCCCUCAUCGAGGACCUACGAUCUCAGCUUCAAAAAGCCGAAACGGCUUCCGAACAAUACCAGAAACAGCUGGGCGUUUUGCAAAUGCGUCUUGAUGAAGCAAUCAGUGAACAAAGCAAGUUGGAGGACCAGGCCCAUGAGCGAGAUAGUCGGAUCGAGACACUUAGCAAUGAAAUCCGUGACCAGGGUCGUCAGAUCCGUGACUUGGAACAAAACCACGAGUCCGAGCGGAACGCCAUGUUGCAAGAGAAAGAGCAACAGACCAGCCGGGAGGAAGAGAUGCAAGCAACUAUUCAACGAUUGAAGGAUUCAGUGGCGCAAAAGGAUAUGCGCAUGAACGCAGAAGGUGACCGCCACCAAGUCUCUCGAUCCUCCAGCUUCCGCAACCGAUCUUCCCCGGACGUCGAUGGCCAAUUCGCACCCUCUUCGCACCUCGAGCGUAGCCCCUCCCGCAACAACUCUACCCUUCUACUGCAGAAAGAUAAGGUUAUCGAGUCACUACGCCUCGAACUGGCCGAAUCGCAGAUCAAACUUGUUGAAAUGGAGAAUGCGGGCGGUGGCCGCCAGCGUGAGCUAGAGAAAGACCUCCUCGAGGCCCGCAUGGCUAACGCUCGGUUGAUGGAAGACAAUGAAAGCUACCAACUCCUGCUCAGCGAGAAGACUCUCACCGGAGAUUUCACCAAGGGUGAGUUCAUGCGGGAUGCUCAUCCAUCUAAGGAAUCGUCUGGUGGCCUGGGAUCCUUGGCAGAUGAGCUGGAGUCAGUGGAUGAGUCGCCUGAAAAUGAUUCCACCUCCAAGCCAGAGGGAGAAAUCAAGGCCCUCAAAGACCAGAACAAAGCCCUUACGCUCUACAUUGAACGUAUUAUUAGCCGAGUCCUCAUGCACGAUGGGUUCGAACAUGUUUUGGACCGGAAUGAAGACCAGUCUGGCGGAAAGUCAGGCAAUGACAAGGACCUUCCCCCGACCCCUCCAGAGAAGGAUGAUGCACAUUCGUCUUUCUUGGAACGUGCCAAGUCAGUGGUCGGUGUUCAACCUGCUCGCCCUUCAACUCAACCCCGGUCGCGUCCAACCAGCAUGAUGCCUCCCCCCACCCCAUCGCAGAACAACCCCAAUGAGAACCCCAACACCGCACCAAGCAUUCCCUUCCGCACCCAGUCUGUUAGAGCUAGCCACCGCCGCAGCCGCUCUGAACAGGUCGACCCCGGCGCUGCCAAUAUGGUUGGGCAGAUCUACCGCGGACGCAACUCCGGUGGACCCAUCAGCCCGACUGCUAUGGGCCCUGGAUCGCGCCAAAGCAUGUUCUCCGGAGCAGCCAGCUAUAUCUCCAGCAUGAGCCGUGCUCCAUCCAUGUCCAGCCAGCCAGACCGGGCCGGCCACAGCAGCUCCCCUAGUAUCACAAGCGACCCUCACGGAGAUACUGCCUCUACAGGGGCCACAUCCAGCCCUCCUCGUUCCAGCGGUGGAAUGAACAACUACACUGGAGCCGUGAUGCAGCAGGAUAAGCUGCGUCCUUUGCGCCUUGUCAGCGAAACCACCAGGCUUAAGGAAGAAGAAGAAGCGGCCCGCAAGAAGGCGAACCGUGCGAGCUGGAUUCCGUGGUUAAACCGCGCCAAUGCUGAAGAACCUGCGCCGCAGUAG